AUGUCAGAGGAUCCAACACCUGAUCCAACACCUGAUCCAACACCUGAUCCAACACCUGAGCCGGCUCUGAAUAAAAGUAAGAAAGCUCAGGAGGUUGACGCGUUGCUGAGUGAGACCGAGAUGCUUCAGGGAAAACUUCACAGUCAGGAGGAAGAUUUCAGACUGCAGAACAGCACGCUGAUGACCGAGCUGUCCAAGCUGUGUACGCAGAUCGAGCAGCUGGAAAAGGAGAAUCAGAGCCUGAAGGAUGGAGGAGGUGCCUCCACAUGCAGCGCUCCUCCUCACCCAGCCUCCAGCCCUGUAGAUGGAGAGCUGCUCCGCCUGCAGGCGGAGAACUCCGCCCUGCAGAAGAAGAUGAAAGCCCUCCAGGAAUGCUACGACAAAGAGGUCCAGAGACAGGCGGUCGCCCAGGGCAACCAGAGCGUUACCACGGAGACCGACGGGUCAGCCAGCGCCAACGGAGUCUCUGAUGUCACAGGGAGAGGGGAGGAGCCAGCAGCAGAGGGAGCCAAUGACAGACUGGAACAGGCUCAGGAUGACUCGGGGAAACAGAUCCACGGCCUGUCAGAGAAGAGCGUAGAGAAGAUUGUAGCUAAGCAGGCAGCGCUAGGCUGGUCGGCUGCUCUCUGUCCAAUAACUCACUGCUUUGGACCAGAGCUGGAGAUGGCACUGAACACCGAGCAGGAGGAGAAGAGGCUGCUGAGGGAGACGGUGCACAACCUGGAGGUGUCCAAACAGCUGAAAUCAGCAAAACUGACCGGGAAGAGACAAGCACAGAUCAACAAAACAUACACAUUGAAGUUGUUUCUGUUCUUAGUUUUCCAGCGUCUGCAGGGAGAGAAGGAGGCGUUCAACGACAGCAGGACAAAGAUCGAUGAGAUCAACCAAAGGAAAGAGGAAGAGCUGAAGGCCAUGAACCUCCGCAUCCACAAACUACAGUCAGACCUCAUGGCAGCCAAUCAGGUGUCAGCUGAGCUCAGAGAGCAGCUACAGAGCAAAGAGAAGGAACAUGAACUGACUGUACACACUCUGAAGGACCAGGUAGCUAAUCAGAGUGCAGUCAGUCAGGAGCAGGUGGACAGCAUCCUGCAGGAGAACGAUGCUCUGAGGACAAACCUAGCUGCUCUAGAACAGAUCCAGACGGUGAAGACUCAGGAGAUGAAUCUGCUGAGAGAACAGCAGGAGGCGCUGACAGCUGAGCUACAGCAGAGACGAGCUGAACAGGAGAGUCUGUUAGCUCAGAGAGACGACCUGGACUCACAGCUACAGGAGUCGAGUUUUGCAAACAGGAAGUUGUUGGAGCAGCUGACAGAAGAAGGACAAGAGAGAGAGAAACUACUGAGAGAGCUGGACGAGGCCAAGAAGACAGCAGAGAAGAGGAAGGCGAUGUUGGAUGACAUGGCGAUCCAGCUGAACCAGGAGAAGUCUGACCACAAGGAGGCGCUGUCAGACCUCAAACUGCAGCACGAGAAGGAGGUCCUCGGGGUGAGGGCUCGAUAUGAGAAGGAGCUUCGAGGACUCCAUGAAGACAAGAAUCGAUCUGAGGAGGAGAUCAGACAACAACUGAGAGAGGAGAAGGCUCGGACCAAAGAGUUGGAGUGUGUCCAGCAGCGGGUGGACGAGCUGCAGAACCAGGUUCUGUCCAUGGAGGGGACUAAAGGCUGGUUUGAGAGACGCCUGAAGGAGGCCGAGGAGAACAUUGAGCAGAAGUCUCUGGAACAUCAGGAGGAGAUCGAACGACUGCAGAGAGAACACACACUGCAACUGGAGGAGAAGCAGGCAGAGAUGGAGGGUUUGAAGCAGCAGCUGGUGGAGGUGGAGACACAGAGAGACGAACACAACGACACCAUCGGAAAACUCAGACAGGAGAUCAAGGACACGGUGGACGGUCAGAGGAUUCUAGAGAAGAAGGGAAGUGCAGCGCUGAAGGACUUGAAGCGGCAGCUUCAGCUGGAGAGGAAGCGAGCCGACAAACUGCAGGAGAGACUCCAGGAGAUCCUGACCAACAGCAAGACCAGGACAGGUUUGGAGGAGCUGGUUCUGUCAGAGAUCAACAGUCCCAGUCGGACUCAGCAGACCGGAGACUCGUCGUCCGUCUCGUCCUUCUCCUACAGAGACAUGAUGAAGGAGGCCCAGCCGACCAAUCAGAGCAAGUCCGGCGGCGGCAGCCCUCAGUCUCAGCGUCCUGCUGAACUGUCUGAUGACGGGGGAGAACUGUUCCAGAGACUGCGACGAUUGGUCCAGCAGGAGAACAUGGAGAUCUGGCUGGAGGAAGAAGAGUUCAGCUGUUCGUCCAUGGCUGAAGACAUCUGCAGGAAGAGCGCCAUCAUAAGACAUAACGUGAUGGACAGUCAGCGUGAUGUGUCUGGAGCGGCGGUCGGAGGUCACGGAGGCUCUCAGGCGGAGCGUGGCGGUCUGGGCUCGGUCCUCAGAGAUCUGGUAAAACCAGGAGAUGAAAACCUGCGAGAGAUGAACAAGAAGCUGCAGAACAUGCUGGAAGAACAGCUGACCAAGAACAUGCACCUGCACAAGGAUCUGGAGCUCUUGUCUCAGGAGUUAGUCCGCCUCAGUAGAGAGGGCGGUCCUGGAGGCGGAGCAGCCGGGUCGGGAUGAGACUCACCUGGAUCCGUCCGUUACCUGAGCUGAAGGUGCGGGCUGGGCUCCGACUAACACCUGGAAACAACAUUUCUCCUGCGUUCAUCAACCUAAGACCUGCUGUGGGCCCCGACUAAUACCUGGAGCCGCUAUGAUUUCACCUCCUCGGUCUGCUGCUGGGCUCUGACUAAAUGCUGGAGUUUCACUGAAGGUUGUAAAGGCGAAGAGGGAAUGGAAACGUCAAGCUCAGCUCAUUUAUGUUGCUAUUGAAUGUACUGUAAUUAGACUGCACCACUCGAGUCCUGGCUACGACCUGGAAACACUUUGUAUCAGACUGUCUGCGGUCCUGGCUAAGUCCUGGAACAGACUUGUUGUUUUGGUUCCUCUGUAAUUGUUGUAUCUGACUAUUUCCUGAGCUUCCUGUCUGACUAGCCGGGCUCUGUCUACGACCUGGAUGACGUCUGGUUAAAGAGUCAUUGCACUUUGCUCAGUUGUCAUGGAGACUAGGUAAUAACUAGUCUCCAUGACAACCGAGCAAAGAUCAGCCGAUGAUGAAGGCCAUGAGAUUCUGACUGAAAGCUCCGGAAUGAAGACAGCGGCUCAUUGCUGUGUGUGCGUUGGGUCGUGGCUACUUCCUGGACUAACAAGUAUUUUUCUGCAUCUUAUUUAUUUCUCUUCAGACGCUUCAUGGCCGGGACUAUUUGCUGGAUUCAUAGUCCUCAUCACUCGGUGUAAUUAAAGGUCGUUUUAUUCUGAAAUUUAAAAACAACAUGCAUGAAACAAACAAACAGCUGAUUCGACAUCGACGUUAACGAGCUCGUUAACGAGCUGCUUUUAAAUUUACUGUAAGUUGAUUUCAUCCUGAACGACUCGAUGAAACUGAAACUCUGCAGGGCCGUGUCUAUGUCCUGGAUCACACGGUCUGUACCUUGUGUUGCACUAAUCAUUGCUGGGGACCUCGGCUUCUGUCGGCCGGGUCUACUUCCUGUUUUCAUUUUGUAAAUGUUUGAAGUUUAGCUUUUGAUAGGAAGUGACAUCACUUCCUGUCUGCUCUGCCUUUGGACUACUUCCUGGAUUUGAACGUCCUCCAUAGGCUGCUGCUGGUGUCCGGGCUCUGACUACGUCCUGGACGCCGCGCGUGCAGCAGAUUGUGUUUUAUGUUGCGCUGACUGUAAAAUUCUGCCUCAUUUCUGUUUGUACAAAAAAAAAAGUUCAGUCAAAACCUGAAAAGCAGAAACGUCGACGUGUUUCAGUGCAGCGGAACGUUUCCUGAACGUCGUCAGAACGUUUCCUGAACGUCGUCAGAGCGUUUCCUGAACGUCGUCAUCAUUAAACAUGAAAACAUUCCUCAGACUGCGAGCUCGAGCUGCACUGAAACACAUCGAGGGUCUCUGAGAGCGGGCGGUCUGUCCACGUGUUGGCGUGUUGACUCUACACGUUGGCGUGUUGACUCUACGUGUUGGCGUGUUGACUCUACGUGUUGGCGUGUUGACUCUACGCGUUGGCGUGUUGACUACGUGUUGGCGUGUUGACUCCACACGUUGGCGUGUUGACUCCACACGUUGGCGUGUUGACUCCACACGUUGGCGUGUUGACUUUACACGUUGGCGUGUUGACUUUACACGUUGGUGUGUUGACUCUACGUGUUGCCGUGUUGACUCUACGUGUUGGCGUGUAGACUUUACACGUUGGCGUGUAGACUUUACACGUUGGCGUGUUGACUCUACGUGUUGACUUUACACGUCGGCGUGUAGACUCUACACGUUGGCGUGUUGACUCCACACGUUGGCGUGUUGACUCUACGUGUUGACUCUACAUGUUGCCGUGUUGACUCUACACGUUGCCGUGUUGACUCCACACGUUGGCGUGUUGACUCCACACGUUGGCGUGUUGGCGUGUUGACUCCACACGUUGGCGUGUUGACGUGUUGACUCCACACGUUGGCGUGUAGACUCUACACGUUGGCGUGUUGACU